AUGCAUCCAAAGAUGAAAUCUCUCAAUACCCAGCUCCGCAAAAAGGGCCUGGAAAUGGUCCAGGAAGAUGUCGACCCGGAACUAGGCCCACUUUAUACAAUACACUCCCUCAAGGCUGGCAUCAGCAAUACCGACGUGGCCUAUCGACUGUACUACGCUGGAGAAGUACAAAAAUGGAGUGCUUCAAGGAGAAAGGCCAUCGCCAGAGCAGAAAAGCGUAUUAAAGCUGCUGAAGCAGCAGCACAGAGAGAACGGUCGAAAAGCGAGUCAAGCAAGGAAUCCACACCGGAAGCGCCCACCUGA